ACUUGGACGCGGACUGAAAAUUAUGUUGUUUCCCGCUGAGGUGAGCCGUCCGGUCACCGAAACCGAGACCCGGGACUCUUGUCUGAGUUUGUAAAUUGGUUUAAUCGAGUGUGAGCAACUCGUCGGGCUUGUUUUUGGACUCUUGCGGGUAAUGGCCAGCAGUGGCUGAAGUGUUUUGAUCCAGUCAGUGACAGCCUGCAAACAGCAGGGAGAGCUGUGCGGCGACCACACUGCAUUUGAUUAUGAGCCUUUCUAAGAAGUGAAGGGAAUCUGGGAGCUGUUUCUUGCUGAGACAAAAGUAAUUUAAGCACAGUGUGUGGCGGAUCACAACCAAAGAAGCCAUGGAGGCCUCACAGGACCUCAACGAACAGAUGGUGAAGAAAUCACACAGUGAAUCUCAUGUUCCAGACCCCUCCGACGCCAGGUCUAUGGAAAUGCAGGACCUAGCCAGUCCUCAUAACCGUGUGGGAGGUGGAGAUUCGACGGGCUCCAAGCUGGACAAGAACAACCUUGGCAGCCCCUCCAUCACAACCAAUGGAACAGGAGGUGAAAACAUGACAGUUCUAAACACGGCUGAUUGGCUGUUGGGCUGCAGCAGCCCGCCCCCUGCCCCGGGCUCCAAGGACUAUGUGAAAACAGAGCCUAUGAACAACAGCGAUACAGUCACUACGACAGGCGACACCGCACUGGACACAUACGCAGGCUCAGUAAUCACCAGCAGCGGAUACAGCCCUCGUUCAGCUCAUCAGUACUCCCCUCCUCUAUACCCAUCAAAGCCCUACCCUCACAUUCUCUCCACACCGGCGGCCCCCCCCAUGCCCACGUACGCCGGUCAACCGCAGUUCAGCAGCAUGCAGCAGUCCACCGUCUACACCGCCUACUCCCAGACAGGACAGGCAUACGGACUGUCCUCCUAUGACCUGGGUGUUAUGCUGCCGGGCAUUAAGACGGAGAGCGGCCUGGCUCAGAGUCAGUCUCCUCUGCAGACCGGCCUCAGCUACAGCCCCGGCUUCACCACCCCUCAGCCCGGACAGACUGCAUACUCACCCUAUCAGAUGCCAGGUUCCAGUUUCACUCCUUCCUCAGGCCUCUACGCCACCAACAACUCAGUGUCCAACCCCGCCAACUAUACUGCCACACAGCAGGAUUAUCCCUCAUAUACGACGUUUGGCCAAAACCAGUACGCCCAGUAUUAUUCCGCCUCCACUUACGGGACUUAUAUGAGCUCCAACAGCGUGGACGGCACAGGCUCCACGGCGGCCUACCAGCUGCAGGACCCCGCUCCUGCCAUGACCGGACAGGCUGCUGAACUUCACCCAGGGGACUUUGAUACAGUGCAGAGCCCCUCCACGCCCAUCAAAGAGCUGGAUGACCGAGCCUGCCGGAGUGGGGGGUCCAAGUCCCGGGGAAGGGGCCGCAAGAACAACCCCUCCCCUCCCCCUGAUAGUGACCUGGAGAGGGUGUUCGUGUGGGAUCUGGACGAGACAAUCAUCGUCUUCCACUCUCUGCUCACAGGCUCCUACGCACAGAAAUAUGGCAAGGACCCUCCUAUGGCCGUAACGCUGGGUCUGAGGAUGGAAGAGAUGAUCUUCAACUUGGCUGACACACACUUAUUCUUUAAUGACCUGGAGGAGUGUGAUCAGGUACACAUUGAUGACGUGUCAUCAGACGACAAUGGCCAGGACUUAAGUACUUACAGUUUUGCAACUGAUGGCUUCCAUGCAGCUGCAACCAGCGCCAACCUGUGCCUGGCUACGGGGGUCCGCGGCGGGGUCGACUGGAUGAGGAAACUGGCCUUCCGCUACCGACGGGUCAAAGAGUUGUAUAGCUCGUACAAAAACAAUGUGGGGGGCCUGCUCGGUCCCGCUAAAAGAGACGCCUGGCUGCAGCUCAGAGCCGAGGUGGAGGGUCUGACUGACUCCUGGCUCACCCACGCACUCAAGUCGCUAUCCAUCAUCAGCUCCAGGAGUAACUGUGUAAACGUGAUGGUGACCACAACGCAGCUCAUACCAGCGCUGGCUAAAGUUCUCUUAUAUAGUCUGGGAUCUGUUUUCCCCGUGGAGAACAUUUACAGUGCAACGAAAAUAGGCAAAGAGAGCUGUUUUGAACGUAUAGUCUCCCGCUUUGGCACUAACAUUACAUAUGUUGUGAUUGGCGAUGGGAAGGAUGAAGAGCAUGCGGCCAGCCAGGUAAACAAACGACUUCAAAACGUUGACCCCUCUGACCUUGUGACCCUCCUUCCUCCCCCCUUUGUUUAUUUGUUUUUUUGCAGGAAAAGAGAGUUGCUUUGAACGCAUAAUGCAAAGGUUUGGCAGGAAAGUAGUGUAUGUUGUAAUUGGGGACGGUGUGGAAGAGGAGCAGGCGGCCAAAAAGGUAAUGGACCCGCAACCUCACCGUGACCCCGCCUACUCCACACAGUGUGAGCUCUGAUUGGAAGAAGCCUGCCUUUCUUUGCUGUAGAGGAUUUGUGUUACUUUUUUUCUGUUCUACUUGCUCUUGCUUUUUCCUGUUUUAUAAAGUGGCAGGUGACUUUUGAUUGUCAGGGUGACAAUUUGAGACUAAGGCUUGGCAAGUGUACAUUUUGGACCUACUUUUGGAAGUCAAAUAUACCAAAUUCGUGAGCCACCUGCAGCUACAAUUCAACUUAAUGUGUGUCACAUUUGACAUGAAUGGCUCCGAAAUGUACACAAUGAUUUGAACAAUGUGAUUUGUUAAGCGCAAUAAUGCUGUUUUUUUAUCCAGUGGUGUGCAAAGUCUUUUUUCAUUGGUACUGUAGUAGAAAAGCUAUAUCCCAACAAAGAAAUAUGACAAAUAUUGACAAUCAAGGACAUAUUUCCUGAAGUGAAAAUGUAAAUCCCAUCUUUCCUCCAGCUUUGGGUUUCAUUGUUGAUGCUGGGUGCUGGGAUUGUUAAAGGAGAAGUUUGACAUUAUUGGAAAAGAUCACAAUCACUUUCCUGCUGAGAGUUAGAUGAGAAGAAUAAUAUCAAUCUCUGCCCCUUAAACAUAAUGCUACCGACAGUUAGCUUAGCAUAUAGGCAGCUUAUAGUGCAGUUAACUGUUUUUCAAUGUUGUUGUAAUGCUAAGCUAAGGGCACAGCUGUAGCCUUAUUGAUAUAAGAGUUAUAAUUAUCUUUCUAUCUCAAUUAACUCUCAGCACAAGAGCAGAUAAGUACAUUUCUCCAAAUGCUGAACUCUUCCUUUAAGCCUUAUGAUUGCAUGGAUUUUGUUUGCAGUGCUUUUGCAAAGCAAGCAGCUACAAGCUACUGUAGUGUAGCUUGCAUGAGUUUAGGUGGCGGUGUGCAGCUCUGCUAACAGUACUGUUGGUUCUAAUGAUGUGUGUUCACUCCACAGCACAACAUGCCUUUCUGGAGGAUAUCCAGCCACUCUGACCUGCUGGCACUACACCAAGCACUGGAGUUUGAGUACCUGUAACUAUUAUAGCAAUAUGGACUCAUGCAAUGUUACCGUGGACAUGGUCAGCCCCCUUCUUUUGUAUAACUAUUUAAGAACAAACAAUACACUGCAACCGUUUUUGUGAUUUUUUUUUGUCUUGUUGAACGUCUGGAUUUACAAACUCUGAACGGUCUUAAGAAGAGGUGAAAGGAGGUAAAGAACUGAACAGUGGGCUUAAGAGGUGUCUCGAAUACCCAGCUCAGCCCCUGUGGCCCCUAUGCUGCGAACAGACCGCUGUGAAACCCCCCCUCUACUGUCCCUGCAGCUGACUGGAAGCCUGUAAAGGCUCAAUGCCUCCCUUGGCCUGGGAGGAUGUUUCUGGGGCAACUCCUGGAUGUUUGGUUUGAUGGAGGGCAGCCAGACUAGUCUCAGGCCUGCUGAGGGUCACCUGGGAGGAUGUUCAAACCACGAGGGCUUCUCUGUACAGGCAUUCUGUGUGCGGGGUUAACAGCUGCUUUUUUUUCUAAGUGUUUUCUUCCUGGUGGUAUAAUAAUCACAACACAAUGCAGCCUGCAUCAGAAACUUGUGUAAAUUAUUUACAAUAAACUUAAGGGCAGUGGUGGAUGUUUUUGUGAAGGAAAUGAAAUGCAUUUUUGGGGUCUUUGUUUUUUUUCUCCACUCUGGAUUUUUGUAAUUGUUUGGGCAGGGGAAUUGAGGAUGUGCGUCAUGAUGUGUUGUGCCUUAAUGUGUUUGAAUGUCUUUUCUUUAUUCAGAAAUGUCUAUGUAUGUAGAUAUAAAGGAGAACUUAUACAAAUGA